AUGAUGAUGAUGAAACUUAUAUAUUUAUUUCUAUUUUGGAUUUACUUGGUGUCAACAAGUUCAUUGACCAAUAUAAUUGACUCCGAUGAUAGCACUAUCAGAGAAAAUUUCCAACAAUCUCGAAAUCGUCCUAAUGUACCUCAAUCUUUGACAUUGUUGAUGAAUUUUAAAAAUGAUGGAACAACAUCACUUCACAUUAUGCAAGGAUCAGAGAUCGUUUAUUUGGAUUAUGGACUUUGCACAUUUGGACAAACAUUCGAUCCAGCUACUGGCCGAUGUCGAGAUAUCACUUGUCAAGAAACUCAUUAUACAUAUAAUGGCACUGCAUGUAUACCGGAUGAAAAUAAAGAUACGAUCAAUGUUUACAAGCGAAUGAGCGAUAUUGAUAUAUCGCUUGGAUUGAUUAUUUCACCAACAAACCACAAUGAAAAUGAAAGAGGUAAUUUUUCAAAACGUCUCAAUAGUCAAAUGAAUAAAACGUGCACGAAUGAUUGGACUAAAAUGUUUCACAAUGCAAUUCAUGGAUAUCUUGAUAUUGAUUAUGAACGUAUCACUAAAAUUAAGUAUAAUCUCAAAGAGAACAAUAGUGUAGCAUUAGGAACUCCAUCGAAAAUCAAUUCAAAAUCAACGAGUCAUAUCUUGGAAGAAGAUAAUGAUGAAUAUCUCACUGAUUCACAUUCGUUAUUAUCCGAUCGGAUCACUGACUGGCUUGCGCAUAAUGAACGAAUAAUUGUUAAUUUUAAUUUCACUAUUACCGAUCGAAAUGAAACCUCGAACGAUACAUCAACGGGCUUACAUGUUGUAACACUUCUUUUACUUGCAUCAGAAUUUCAUGGUAUACUUGAUCUAUGUGAAAAAUAUUCAAUGAAAAUUGAAAAAGUAUCGCUUAUAUCAGAUAAAAAUAAAACUCGACAAGAAUUUUGUGGUGAUCCUGAUGUAAUGUAUCAAACACAAAAUGGAAUUAUACAUCGACGUGUAAGAUCGGAUGGAGAAACUGAUUAUGUUGUUGAUGUACCCGAACUUAACACAACAUAUGAAGGUGGCGAUUAUAUUUAUUUAUUCCUGAUUUCAGCAUUACCAGCGCCACAAACAACAUCACAUGAUGUCACAACAUCUUCAUCAUCGACUUCUGCUUCAGCAGUAAAAUUGAUAUCAGUUUGCAAUCGUCAACCUCGAAUAGUUAAUCGCUGUCCCGAUAGUCUUGUUAUGCGGGUAGCACUUUGUGAAGUAAUUCAAUAUAGAAAUUUUUCAAUACGAAUCAAACGUACUGGUCGUUUAUAUACAAAUCGUGAAUAUCGUUACGAUGAUUAUCGAUCCGACUUAUAUAUUGUUGUAUGUAAGCAUAAUGCAUACAACGGAACAGCGAAUGGAAAAAAAUUAAGUUUUUUUGAUAAAGCGCCCGGAUUUUUAUCAACUAUAGCAAUAUUUAUGUCUAUAUGUGCUCUGGCUAUAACUUUAAUAACGUUUCUAUUAUUUUCUUCAUUACGUAAUCUACCUGGAUGUAACACAAUGAAUUUAAUUAUAGCAUUAUUAUUAGCUGAAAUUCUAUUUUUACUACAAAGUCUAUUAAUAAUGACAACACCAAGCGUUUGUUUAUUGCUUGCCUUAGGAAUACAUUUUUUCUUUUUGGCAAGUUUCUUUUGGAUGAAUGUUAUGGCUUUUGAUCUAUGGAAAACAUUUCAUACAGGCUUUUCCAUUUAUAUAUGUGAAGUUCGUGAACGUUUACCAUACUAUGCUCUAUAUGCAUGGGGUAUACCAGUAAUUAUUGUUUUAAUCGGAAUUCUAUUGGAUGUAAAAAAUGCUCAUCUCAAGCCAUGUUAUGGAAAGUAUUUUCGUGGAUGUAAUGAUGUUUGUUUUCAGACAAAAAAUGAUGCACCUUUACAAGGUUGUUGGAUUGAAUCAGCAUCGAUGCGUUUUAUAUUAUUCGGUAUUCCUAUAGGAGUUAUUCUUCUUAUUAAUUUUAUAUUUUAUGCUUUGACUGUUCGAAAUAUUCGUCGAGGUUUAAAAUCAGUCCGAACACAAGUCGAACAUAAAUUUCAACGAAAGAAACAAGUUGUACCUGGUGAACAUGAUGUAAAAAUCUAUAUGCGAAUGGCUGUUUUAGCUGGUUUUGGUUGGACUAUUGGUUUUAUUCUGUUCGCUUUACCUGAUAAUCAAGAAGGUUUUCAACAUUAUCUUGUUACUAUAUUCAAAUAUUUAUUUAUUCUUCUCAACGCAACACCAGGCUUAUUUUUAUUUUUUGUUUACGUAUGCAAUUGCCGAGUAUUUUCAUUAUACCGAACUUUAUUUACAAAAUCUAUUCAAUUUAUACAAUCAAAAAUUCAAACACUACAAGAAUAUCUUACAAUGAGAAGUGAAGUUUAUUUUAAUCAAACAAAAUAUCAAUUGAGUAAACUGCAACGUAUUUUUGCAAAACAACAAGAUUUGCAGACUAGAAUAUAG